AUGGCGCCUACGCCUAGUACCUCAGACAUUCCCCAAGCCCCACCAGCAGACCUUGCAAACAUCAGCUCGCACAACGAUGGCUUCAGUCCAGGCGCCAUCAUCGGCAUCGUCAUUGCCAUUGUCUGUCUCCUCCUCGUCGUCCCUUUGAUCGCUGUUUUACUCCGCCGCUACGAAAAAUCACGUCUUCGCGAGACACCAAGGAUCCCAGACAACAGCGAUGCCAGUCUGAGAAGCAUAGGCGAGAACCACAGCCUACAACGCAUUCUGGUAACAAAAGAGUUAUUACGCUCGAGCAUAAGGAUGGAAAGGAUAGACUCAGGGCUAAGGAGGCCCGACGAGGUGUAUGGUGGCGGGAGGGAGCGGGAAGAGUCCUGGAGUCAUACAGAUGUCCAGGGCGGCAGCUGGAAGUGA